AUGGGGAAGCGUGGGCUUCUUCUCGGAGGUCCCAGCAUCUUUCUCCUGCUGCUCUGCCUCCGUCCCGGGGACGCCUCAGAAGCUGCUGCAGAACCACAAUAUUUGGUGCUGGUUCCCCUCCUGAUCCGCACAGAGACCCCUGAGAACAUCUGCGUCCAGUUGAACCACCUGAACGAGUCCGUGACACUGAGCGCCACGCUGGAAUACGCAGCACACAACAGAAGCCUCAUCAGUGAUGUGAUAUCCGAGAAGGAUUUUUUCCGGUGCAUCCCCAUUGAGCAAAAGAGCAAGAUGAUGGCCUCUUCCAAGUACAGGAACCACUACUUAGUGGAGAAGAUACAGGAAGGAAUUCAGUUUCGCAUCGUCGCUCUGGACGAAGGCUUCCAUCCCUUGAAUGAGAAGUUUCCUUUGGUUUAUAUUCAGGAUCCCAAGAGGAACCGCCUGUUUCAGUGGCAAGACGUGGAGCUGAACGUGGGCCUGAUCCAGCUCUCCUUCCCUCUGACUUCGGAGCCCGCCCUGGGCACCUACCGAGUGGUGGUCAAGAAGUCUUCCGGGAGUAAUGUGGAACAUACCUUUAAUGUGGAAGAAUAUGUAUUGCCCAAAUAUGAGGUUUCGGUGAAGGCACCCGAAGUGAUAACCAUUUUGACCGAACAGUUAGAGGUGACCAUCUGUGGCCGGUACACCUACGGGAAGCCCGUCCCUGGCCAGGUGAAAAUGAGCGUUUGCCGAAGAUAUUCCUCCCCUGGAACCCGAUGCUAUGGGGCAGAGGGAGCAGCUGCAUGUGAAGAAUUCAGUGGAGAGGUGGGCCCCGAGAGAGACUGGAGUAUUUCCUUGUCCACAUUCACAACCAGGCCUUGUAGAAACCUGUUACCUGGAAAAUUAGAAAUGUACUGGCAUUGUUCUAAACCAUUCGAAUAUCCAUUAUUUGUGUUCUUCCUGCAUAUUCCUAUUACAUUUAAAAAAACCGGCUGUCUCACUCGGCUGGUGAAAACAAAGACGUUUCAGCUGAAACGGGAUGGAUAUAGCAUGAAACUCAACGUGGAAGGGAAGAUCAAAGAAGAAGGCACAGGCGUGGAAUUAACCGGCUCAGGGACCACCGAUAUUACUCAGACACUCAGCAGGCUGAGCUUUGAAAAGGUGGACGGUUACUUCAAGCCAGGGAUCCCCUUUACGGGGCAGGUGAAGCUGGUGGAUGGGAUGAAGGAGCCAAUCGCCAACGCAAGCAUUGAAAUCAGUAUUCCCAGGUAUGAGCACAAGAAGAGCUACACCACGGAUGGGCAAGGAGGAGUUCAGUUUUCCAUCGACACGAGUAAUUUCACAGAAAAUUUUGUGAUUCAGGUAAGUGAUUCCAGGGGUUGAGGACGGCAUAGGAUGGGAGAGGAAAGUCAGAAACGAAAUGCGCUAUGCUGGAUAUGGUAGUAGGAGCACGAGUGGAACAGGGAGAAUAUAGAUUCUUGGAGCAAAAGUAUAUGAGAUGCCAGCUUCGCAGUUAAAACCUGAGA